GGCUCGGCGCCGGCGCCAUCGCGGCGGUGCCGGCGGAGCUGCCCGAUGGCGGCGGCCGAGCCCGCGGCUCGCAAGCGGCGGCCCAAGGGGCACUUCGCGGCGGCGGGCCGGGCCAAGCGGCCCCGCGGCGGAGGCGGCGGGCGGCAGCUGGAGGCCGGCAUGCGCGGCAUCCUCAUCACCUGCAACAUGAACGAGCGCAAGUGCGUGGGGGAGGCCUACAGCCUGCUCGGCGAGUACGGGGACCUGCUCUACGGGCCCGAGCAGUUUUCAGAUCACGAGGAGAGGCUGUCUGGAAGCGACAGGGAGGAGGAUGAGGACGACGUUGAGGCGGCCCUGAAGAAGGAGGUUGGCCAGAUCCGUGCCUCGACGGAGCAGAAGCUGCGGCGGUUCCAGUCGGUGGAGAGUGGUGCCAACAACGUGGUCUUCAUCAGAACCCAGGGCAUAGAACCCGAGAACCUGGUUCACCAUAUAUUAAAGGAUAUGCAUACCACUAAAAAGAAGAAAACAAGAGUCAUUCUGCGCAUGCUGCCCAUUUCUGGAACCUGCAAGGCUUUCAUGGAGGAUAUGAAAAAGUACACAGAAACGUUUUUUGAGCCUUGGUUUAAAGCCCCUAAUAAGGGCACUUUUCAGAUUGUUUACAAAGCUCGUAAUAACAGUCAUAUGAGUAGGGAAGAAGUAAUUAAGGAAUUGGCAGGAAUUGUGGGCAGCCUCAAUCCAGAAAACAAAGUCGAUCUUAAUAAUCCAGAAUACACAGUUGUGGUAGAAAUAAUAAAAACCGUCUGUUGCUUGAGUGUGGUGAGAGACUAUGUUCUGUUCAGAAAAUACAAUCUACAGGAGGUGGUGAAGAGCAACAAAGACACCCAACAAAACCCAUCAAGUCUAACAGAAGAACAGAACUCAAAGGUAGUAAAAACAGAAACUGAGGAGGAGAAGAGCUCAAAAGAAGUAAAACAAGAGAACAAGAAUCAAGGUGAAAUAGAAGCUGAGCCCAAGGGGAAUGAUGCACUUACAGUGUAAAAAAUGGGAAAAGUAAACAUAAUCCAAACAUAUAAAAAAAAGUUGCCCUAGAGUUCUGAAAGGGUGUUUUAAUGAGAAGAGUGGGUUUUGAUUUGAAAUCCUCGUUUUAAAAUCCACAUGUGUAAGAAUCUUAAAGCUCGUUGCAGGUGGAACUGAUACUACAGCAGAUGUAAGAGUGCUCAAGAGGGCAUCACCUUUGUGGUGAAGCUGGCUGUCCUUUGUUCUGCAUUUCCUUUACCUGGCACAAAAAGCAGGAGUGUGUGCAUGUAUAUGUAGAUGUGGCCAUCCUGACGUGGAUGGACUCUCUGUUGUUGUAUCUGAUGGCAACAGUGACCAAAAGGCAGCACAGAACAAGC